UGUGGAGGUUUGGUGACGACAACAAAACUGACUCAAACUCCCUAAAAGCAAAAAUUCGAAAAAUUUCCUGUUUGAUCGGGAAUAUUGACACAAUUGUAGUAGUAUAAAUUUUAUUCAUUUUAAACACAAAAGUGGAUUAAAUUAAAAUACGUGCUAUUUUGUACUUAAUUUAUCGCUUGUCUAAUCAGUAAUCACCUUACCUCUGGGCGUUUUAUUGUGACAUUUGACGUUGACAGUAAAAGAAUGAACGCCUAUAGGGGGAGAGGUCGAGGCAGAGGUUAUUCCCGUGGUGCGAAAACCAACCCACCUGUCACAAACAUGAGGAGUCCCCAAAACCCACGUUUGAAUACAAACCAGAGCAUAUCACAUGACAAUAAUUGUUGCAAUGGAAUAAGCAUCGUUUUAGAGUUAGAUAUCGACAGUGGCAGUUUCCUAAAUGAGCUGAAAAACAUGUGGAACAUGUUGAAGAAGAGUCCACCUGUUGUAAACAAGCUACAUCAGUACUUUCAUCUCUGUGAAAAUCCCUACGAACAAACUAUAAGAAUUAUGUACAAUUGUCAGGAAUUUAACAGUGCAAAGAGCAAGUCUCUACCAUUUUUUAUAAUAGAAGAGUUUAAAACUUGGUUGGGUGUAAAUCGGAACAAAGUCGUACAUUUUCUCACACCUAAGUUGAAAAUCGACGUAUUUAAAAUAAUCACAAAGCAAAAUGCACAAAACUUGACAAGACUUGUGGUCGAUGUUUACGAAAUGGCUCAAGAUGGGGCAAUUUUCGUGGACAUAAUCAAGUGCAUGAUUGAGAGAAAAAAGUACAAAGAGGCUUGCCAAAGUGCUGUGUUGUUCAAUUUACAAGAUAAAUUUUCAGUUGAAGAUUUUUUGCUUCCUCUCAUUUUGCAAGAUAAAUUGUACGGAAUUGACGAAUUUUUAACAGUUAGUCCUCGACAUCAAGUCGAAUUAGUCACACUUUUGGACUCUACGUUAGGUAGAACAUCAGUUAGGGAUGCCUUAGCGUCAUAUGUGUUCAAUUUAGACGUUCCUGAUAUCAAAUGGGAUAAAUUGCAUGCAAAACCCUUGAAAAAGUUUAUAACAAGACUUGUGAAAACGUUUAAACUCCCGUCAAACAUUACUCCAAAUUUGAAUAAACGACGAAAUGAGGGGGCUUUACAGUUUUUAUUGCACAAGAGAUUUAUCGAAAAUUCGUUUGGUGAUGAAAGUUGGAAAGAAAUGGUUCAAGAGGCUAUUGGAGAAGAUGAAGAAUUACAAAGAGAGCUUGUGGUUCAAGUUUGCACAUUUGGGGCUAUUUCUGAGGCUCUAUGGUGGGCACACUUUUACAAUAUUGAUAAACAAUAUUGGCCUUAUAAUGUUAGAAUGCUUGAGGAAAAUCCAGACGAAGAAAGGUUGCAUCAAAGAAAUAUUUUACCUGAGGAGGAGUCUUGGACUAAUGAUGAACUUGUCGAGUAUCAUAAAUUUUCUUUACCUUUCACUAGUAUUCAUUUGAUUGAUUCUGAAGAUUCUUUUGAGAGAUUUCUGGAUAGUGGGCUACAAGACGUGGAAAUUGUGGGAAUUGAUUGUGAAUGGAAACCAAAUUUUGGUAGUCAAAAAAACGAGUUAGCUUUAAUGCAAAUAGCAUCUAGAAAAAACGUGUUCAUUCUUGAUAUAAUCAGUAUAGGAACCAAAGUGCCACAUUUAUGGCAAGAACUCGGCAAAUUCCUUUUUAAUAAUUGUGAUAUUUUAAAACUAGGCUUUGGGUUCACUAGUGAUAUCUUAAUGAUUAAACAUUCUUUACCUGAACUUAAUUUUACCCCAAAACAAGUUGGGUUUUUAGAUUUGUUAUCACUGUGGAAGCUACUUGAAAAAUACCCGAAAGUAGUUUUGCCAUAUGAAGUACAAGGUAGUGGUCCCAGUUUGGGUACUUUAGUGAAUCAAUGUUUGGGCCGUCCUUUGGACAAGUCUGAUCAAUUCUCGAAUUGGGAAAAACGCCCUUUAAGAAAUAGUCAGCUUGUUUAUGCCGCACUUGAUGCUUUUUGUCUCAUUGAAGUCUAUGAUGUUAUCAGGAGUUGUUGCGAAAAAGCCGAAUUUCCCUUCGACGAGACGUGUUAUAAUCUCAUGACGAAUGAGAAAGGGCCGAAGAAGAAGGCCAAAAAACCGGUCCAAAAAAAGUCAAAGCCUCCCCAAGAUGAAGAGAUAGCACAACCCCCAUCUCCUCAUUCGAAUCAAGUGCCAGCUGCAUCGAUUAAAGUUGUCUGUGAUACAAUGUUACAAGGUUUAGGUAAGAAUCUUCGAAGAUGUGGAAUUGAUACUGCCAUUCUUGAAAAUGAUAUGGACCAUAUGGAGUGUGUUAGAUAUGCUCAAGAUGAACAACGAUUUAUUUUGACACGUGGAAAUGUUUUUAAUAAAUUGUAUGGAUAUGUGCCACUCGGACAUUGUCUUCGAAUUAUCAGUGAUAAUGUCGACGAACAGCUCAAACAAUUCGUUGAUUAUUUUAAAGUUAAUGUGACAGUAAAUGACGUGUUCAGCGUGUGUCAGUCAUGCAAUGGCCGAAGUUUCAUUAAAGUCUCACGCUCGACUAUGUUGGCCUUGACAGAAUCGCAAAAUUCCCUACGAUAUGUCCCCCCUGACUAUGAUCAUGACAUAGAGGAAGCAACUGGUUUUUCAAGUGAUGAUGAUUUUGAUUUUGAACCCGGACCACCAGUACAAACAACACGGAAAUGGGACCUUUAUUCGGAUGAAAAGCUCGAUGUUGGUUUGUGUCAAACGCAACGUGGGGCGAAAAUACAAGUGGGGAUGAUACCAAAUAGUGUUUUAGAAAAAACCGAUGUUUUUUAUGUUUGUGAAGUUUGCGGGAAAGUUUACUGGGAUGGGAGUCACUUGGAAAAGGUGUUAACGGGAAGACUUCAAGGAAUUGUGCAAUGAAUGCGUUUUUUUCUCUUAUUACUUAAAAUCAGCUUCGUUAUUUUGGAUUAAAAUACAUUAUUAUUGACUAA